UUUGGAAACUUAACAUAGGAUCAAAGUACAUAACAAGGCCACAGAUUUAGCCUCAGCGACCAAGAAGAGAGAUAGCAUGGUGAGCAAGGAAUAUAUUUAUGGCAGGAAUCAAUAUAUAAUUUGAUGAAAUAUCUGCUCAAGGCUGGAUGGCUGACAAGUAAUGAAACAAAGUGGAGGGAGUGAAACACAACUACAUCCUUAGUUUUCUCUUCUUCCUUGAAACUUCUUUCAAACAAAAAAUGUAAGCAAGACCUGAUCCUCUAUCCUUCCUCUCAAAACAUGCAAUCAGAGUUGAUGUUCAGGUGGAAUAUGAAUCAGAUUCCCCACCCAUGGUUAGAGACUCCAGACCCAUCACCAUAGGAGGGGGUUUAUUUUAUAUCCAUCUGCACAAGCAGCUGUUUGUGUCAGUUUCCACUCGGGAUCGACUUUCAGAUUCUCUGUGCCCUUCAAAGAAUAGCCAAAUGCCAUUCUGCGGCCGUUAAAUUCAGAACUGCUCGCUUUCAAAAUGAGGAACAUUCAUUUUGUUUAUCUUCUUAUUUCCUGCCUGUUUUAUACGGAAUGUUCUGGAGUAAAUGACGAAGAGAGGCUGAUUUACGACCUUUUGGUGGCCAGCAAAUACAACAAGCAUGUACGACCCGUCCAGCAUAAGGAUGAAGUGGUGAACAUUAGCCUGGGUUUAACCCUCUCCAACCUUGUCUCACUAAAAGAAAUUGAUGAGACUCUUACUUCAAACGUAUGGAUUGAUCACGCAUGGCAAGAUAGUCGGCUAACGUGGAAUGAAUCAGAAUACAGUGGAAUUUCCAUCCUUCGACUGCCCCCUGGAUUAAUAUGGAUUCCAGACAUAAUCCUGGAAAACAACAACGAUGGGCAGUACAACGCCGCCUUUUUCUGCAAUGUGCUGGUCAGUCCGGAUGGAUAUGUUACUUGGCUUCCCCCUGCAAUAUUCAGAAGUUCUUGUGCCAUCAAUGUCCUUUAUUUUCCAUUUGACUGGCAGAACUGCUCCUUGAAAUUCACCUCUUUGAAUUACAAUGCAGAGGAAAUAAAUUUGGAGCUAUCAAGAGAAGUUGUAAAUGGCAAAGAAUAUCCAAUUGAAUGGAUUAUUAUUGAUCCUGAAGCUUUCACAGGGAAUGGUGAAUGGGAAAUUGUUCACAAACCUGCAAAAAAGAACAUCCAUAGAAAUUUUCUCCGUAACAGCACCAAAUACCAGGAUGUCACUUUCUACCUCAUAAUAAGACGCAAGCCAUUAUUUUAUGUUAUCAACAUUAUUACUCCCUGCGUCCUCAUUUCCUUCCUGGCAUCAAUGGCUUUUUAUCUUCCUGCAGACAGUGGUGAGAAGAUGACCUUGUCUAUAUCUGUCUUGCUUGCUCAGUCUGUAUUCCUGCUGCUGAUUUCACAAAGAUUACCAGAGACUGCUCUAGCUAUUCCACUAAUUGGCAAGUACUUGAUGUUCAUAAUGAGUCUGGUCACCAUUGUGGUCGUGAAUUGUGUCAUUGUGUUAAAUUUUCACUUCCGAACUCCAAGCACGCAUGUUCUCCCAAACUGGAUUAAAUGGCUCUUUUUGGAGAAACUGCCACGGAUUCUCCACAUGUCCCGUGCGGUUGACAACGAGCCAGUAGCAUGGCAGAACAAUUUGAUGCUGCGUCGCACCAGCUCCAUUGGAUACAUUUGCAAAGCACAGGAAUAUUUUACCAUCAAAUCCCGAAGUGAACUUAUGUUUGAGAAACAAUCUGAACGUCAUGGAUUGACACCCCGAGCCACUCCAACUAUGGCAGGGUUUGGAAGAAGUGGCAAUGAUAACAAGGAUAUUUCGGACCAACUACAUGCAGACAUCAAGUCGGGGAUUGACGGGACAAAUUACAUUGUGAAACACAUAAAAGAAAAGAAUGCCUAUGAUGAGGAAGUUGAGAGCUGGCAUCUUGUGGCCCAGACUGUGGACAGGCUGUGCAUGUUCAUCAUAACUCCAGUGAUGAUCUUUGGAACCAUCUUCAUUUUUAUGAUGGGAAACCUCAAUCACCCUCCACCAUUGCCAUUUGAAGGCGAUUCCUUUGAAUAUUCAACACAUCGCACACAAUGUAUGUAACCUUCAGGAAAUUGCAAAUUACCCUGGGAGAAUCAUUGGACACACUUGCAUACUCACACACUUCAUUACACAAAAACGACGCAAACAAGAGGAACUAAAAAUGUGAUAUGGACACUCAAGGAAAUAAUCUUUGGGCACAUAUGUCCCAACAACUACAAACUGCUAAGAAUAGAUUUUCAUUAAGGGAAAGUUAGAAAAUACUUGUGCCUUCAAAUCUUAAAAUUAUUUACUUAUUUUUAGACCAGCUACAUCAUUAAUGAUUUUCAAUCUUAGAUGUUUGUAAUUGUUUGGACAUAUGUGGCAGCAUUGUGGCUUGAGCUGUAUAAGGAGAAUAUGAAAUGAUAGAUCCAGAAGUAAAACCAAUGCACUUUACCCACAAGAUGCACAAGCAAUCAGGUGGAGAUGCCCAGCUGGCAUUAGGUCCAUCACACCCUAUAUUUCACUGUACCUCGGUACACAUGACAAUAAACUAAACUGAACUUAAAUUAUUUCCAGAAAGUGGGAACGCGGUCAACAUCUACCAAACUCCAUAUUUAAUUCAACUUUAAUUCAAGUUGUGCAUUUUUCACCACCCAAUUCCAUCCCAGUAGUUUAUAGUACUUCCAAAAUAGAGCCACAGUUGUUAUAUACAAAACAUUAAAAAUGAACAUUUUUGAAAGCCAUGCUCAUAAUCUGAGCAUUUUUCAAACCUGGUGUAUUACUCAGCAAUUACAGUUGAUAUGGCAGCCUGGAAUGCGGAUUUCACCCUUUUUGUCAAACAAAACCAUUGUUAUAUUUAAUUCUACUGCUCAUACACGUUUCCUGCAAAAAGUUCAAGAGAUUUGUCUAAAAUGCUUGAAAUAGUCUUAGGUGAUUUACACCCUAAGCAUCUGCUACAAUAGGACCUGCGCCAUUCAGACCUGUUCACGAGCAUGAUACUGGGAAGGAUGCUAGCAUUUAAAGGCCUCCACUCCCACAGAAACUGGCUAUAGGAGGGAGCUAUAGUUGAGCAAUGCAGAAAUAAAUUAUAUAUUAACACAAAAAUUGUCAGGGUGAACUACAGUCCACUGAACAAAUUUGUGACAAGCCAUUUUGGUAAGCGGAUCCGAUACUCAGUUAUGUCAUAAUCAUUGCAGUUGGAUCUGCAAGAUAGGAUGUGAAGAACCCAAUGGCAGGCUGGGCUCCUCCACCUGGCUGCUUGUGCAUCUUGUGGGUAGAGGAGCCGUGGUUUUACUUUUGGAUCUAUCAUUUCAUAAUCACCUUAUGAGAUCCACUCUUCUUCAAGGUGCUAGGAAUCAUAUCAUCUCCUCCACUCAGUUGUGAAGAGAGGCUGCGAAUAAUAAGUAGGCUUCCUUCUGUUCGUCUUGCUUCUGCUACUCUUUAGGGUCCAUCUCAUGGCCUUGAUGAUCUGAAACCAAAUAUCCAUGAAUCAGGAACCUGCUGCAACUGUUUGGAAAGACUGUAUGAUGAGAAUUCAAUUUUUAAGGAUCAGCACAAAAAGAUUGAUUCAGGCAUAAAAGUGUGGCCCUGGUAUUCCCUGGAGGAUAUCAUAUGCUUCUGUAAUGAUAGCCUUGGCAAAACCGGUUCAUCAGAGCCCAGGUAGUAUGUGGUGUUUCUGAAGACUCAGUGGUUUGUUGCUCCCCCAAGAUCACCUACACAUCCCAGGUGGCCAAUCGUUGCUUAUACUGACACUUCCGGUAAUAGACAGAUAGUAAUGAGCAUGUCAGUAGCAAAGAUUCAGAUAGUUGGAGUCAUGUUAGGAGCGGAUUGUGAAUUGCCACCAUCACUAACUUCUGCUGUGCCGUGAAGCGGAAAUCACCUAACAAUAAAAGACACAAAGUGCUAGAGUAACUCGGUAAGUCAGGCAGCAUCUCUGGAGAACAUGAAUAGGUGACACUUCGGUUUGGGACUCUUCUUCAGUUUCAGAAGGAUACCGACCCAAAACGUCACUUAUCCAAGUUCUCCAGAGAUGCUGCCUGACCCGCUGAGUUACUCCAGCACUUUGUGUCUUCUUUUGUAAACCAGCAUCUGCAGCUCCUUUUUUCGAACAAUGUGUGCACCUGUCAACCUUCAUCCCAUUCUGUAUGAUAAUCUAUAAAAGAGAAACUAUGCACAUUUAUCUUAAACAUUAACUUAUAGAAAUUGUGCAUCAUUUAGAUAUAUACAUUGCUAUACGUACAUAAAUCCUACUGUGGUUGUUAUAUGCUGGAAUAUGAAUAUAGCAAAAAAUGAUUUGGACAAAUGUACACAUGCAACAUGCAAAUAUAUUAUAUCCACUACAGCCAAGGAACAAGUGAAUGCUGAAAAUAAUAAAUUCCAACAAUCAACCAAAUAACUCAAAUAUAUCAAAAUGAAUGUGCAUUAAAUGUUAAGACCUUAGUGGCAAUCAGCAUAUUAUGACAAAUAUUUAAUUAUGUAUGCAAAAAUGAUUUAUACUUGAAUGUUGUGUAAAGGUAUUCUUUUCUGUUAUAUUUCAUAGAGUAGAUUGUUGGUGGCAGCAGCUCAUCAAAUAAAAUGAUAAUAUGAACAUUUAUUUAAAGUGUGCCUGAAGGACUUGAAUCUUCCUUGUUUCUUGUCUGCUGUACCUUUUAAUUUCAACUCAAAAUAGCAUUUUAUGUGGUCAAGUCUAUAAUCGAUCUCCUUUUAGAUCAUCUAAUAAAUAGUUUUGCAAGUUUGAUCACUCUAAUUUUAAACUAAUAAAAAUUUAGAUGUAUGCAAAUCUAGUUGUGGUUAACUAAUAAAAGUACAUGUUAUGCCAA